GCCGGUCCUGAAAUUUUGGAAGUCCGAAAAAGGGGCGCUUCACAUAUAUGACAUAAAGGAAAGUACCUGAAAUAAAAUUUAAUUUAGAUUUGCAUUUACAUCAAUUAAUAUUCAAAUCGUCUUAUGGGGGCCCUAGGCGGCCGCCUAGUCUGCCUAGGCCCAGGGACGGCCCUGCCGUUAAUCGUUAUGAAGCAAUGCUUUGUUUGUCAAACAAAUUACUCAAUUAUUAAGAAUAUUUCACUCCUGAAAAUAUAUUAUACAAUAUGUCAGUUUUUAUUUCGUGUCAGCAUAUAUCUUCUGCACGAAAAGCAUUUAUCGAAGAUACAUAUGUUUAUCGAGAGUCUUAUAAGCGUUAAAUACUUUCCAGACAUUUAAUUAAGUAGCUGAUCGUUCAGAACAUCGCGAUCCAAUUUUUCUUUCAUUUUUAAUAGUUUCCAGUUUCAAAACGUAAAGACAUCGAGUAAAUAGAGAGAAAACGGUGACCCGGAAAUAUUAUUUAAAACUUCGCUGAAAGCUCGCGAUAUAAAAAUUCCCAUAAUUUACAUGUAAUUUAAACGCAAACGUUUAUUGUAAAGAAAUGAAAAUAUUGUGGCUAUUACUUUUCGUGACAUGGAUGAUGAUAACGAUGGAAACUGACGAAAUAUUUGCUAAGGAACAAAAAGGUAUCUUGAAGGAACUUUCGAACGCUAUAUCGAACAAAGUCGAUCGAUCUAACAGAGAGAAACAAAUAAACAAAGGAUUUGAAUGGAUACUUCAAUGUGUAAACGUACUAGGACAAGUGGACAAUUUCAUUUCCGACAGAACGAAGAACAUCGUUCACAAAUUACACAUAAUUUAUAACGACAAUAAUGAAGAUACGUACAGAAAUCUGAAUUAAUUGAAAUGAUAUUUGUUGAAAUUAAAAAUAAGUUUUUAUAAAAAAAAGAAUGUUACUGCGAUACCUUAUUGUUAUACUACAUUUUACAAUGAAUUCACUAAGAAAUAAAACAUCUUUUUAAAAUCAAAAAA